AGCCGUCAGUAGAAUGGAUUUGUGCCUUCUCUCCUCCACCCUUUCUUCUCCUCCUCCUUCUUUUUCUUGUCCUCCAUCUCAUCUGGUCUUCCUCACCCUCCUCAGUCAGCGUCGCACCCCGGGCACCCUCAGUGCCGACCCUCAGGGAAAAGGAGACUUGUCCGGUGGAUGGACGGCUGAAAACUGAACUUCAAUGUCAGCAGGAGAUCAGAAGAAUGGUGGUGACAAACCAGGAGACACUGUGCCGGUGGCUGAGGUCUGGCCGGAGGUGGAGAGGGCCGAGUGUUUGGCCCGUGGUGCCGCCUUGAAGUGGGCGUCAGGUGUUUUCUGUCGGCCCGAACAUCUGGAGCGACUGAGCCAGUACAAGAAGAGAGAGAGCCAGAGGACUGCUUCCAUACACACCAGACUCAAGUCCAUGGUCCAGUCAUACCUGGAGGGGGUAGGCUGGGGUCUGGAACAGCUCCAGGAGGCCAGGUCUGAGCUGAAAGACGUGUCACACGCUUUGAAGAAAGCAGGACUGGAAUCCAGUCAAAACGCAGAGGGGGUGAAGUCUCUGGAGAGGCUGAGAGAAGUGUCAGUCAACCACUGUCAGCUCCUCGCUGCUGUCAGCAACCUGCCACGACUUUACUCUGUGCGUAGCAUGGUGUUGGAGACUGAGCGUCUGGUGGAGUCCCGGCGGCUCCUGGAGGCCCACGCCCGGCUGAUGGAUCUGGAGCGCUGGCAGGACGACAUCCUGUGGCAGCUCCACGGGGCUCCGGGGACGACAGGAAGUGCACUCAGCACUGAAGACCAGGAGCUGGUGGCCAAAUAUUUCUCUGGCGUGGGACAGCUGGUGGACGCGCUGGGUAAGGAGCUGUGGGCGGUGGUGAGCAGUGCUCUGGCUCUGGCACGACAAAACCCUACACCAUUUGUAUCGGCGGUAAGGAUAGUGGAGCGGGAGGAAGCCCUGGACCAAGCUCUGCUGGAGGAGAGAGGUGGGACCGGGAGCAACAGCAGGCCCCUGCCCCCUGGACGACCUCGCUGCUGGAGAGCAUGCUUCUUCCAGGUACUGGAGGAGGCGGUUUCUGCACGGUUUCGUAGUGUUUCCUACCUUCACACGCGUGGUCCGGGUCUGGCAGGUCACCUCUCUGCUCUCCAGCACGCCACCAUGGCAGACCUGGGCACUGUACGCCACCUGCUGGAGCACUGUGUCCCACCACACUAUCGGCUAACAGGAGCCUACCUGAGGGCCAGCCAUCGCUGUUUACAAGCUCACCUGGCACAGGUUAGCAGCUGGGACCUGGAGAGUGGUGAAACAUUUGCUGUGCUCAACUGGGUGCUGCACAUCUACAACAGCCCAGACAUGAUGGGUCAUCCAGAGCUGGUGGCUAACAUGGAAAAAGAAGAGCUGGGACCUCUCAUCUCCACCGAGGGACUGGAGCAGCUGCAGAUCAAAUAUGUGCAGAGUGUGCGGAAGAGCGUAUCAGAGUGGAUGCACAAAGCUCUACAGGUGGAGCUGCAGGACUGGCAGAGAGACCAGGAACCCGAUACAGACCAUGAAGGUUUCUACCAAACCAGCCUGCCUACUAUCAUCACGCAGAUGCUGGAGGAGAACGCCCGGGUGGCUCUGAUGAUCGGAGAAUCCCUACGAGAUCAGACUAUACAGAUGGGACUGUAUGAGAUGGAGAACCUUUUGAACAGGUUUCGAGAAGCUCUGGUGGAAUUUGGGAAGGAGCAUCGCAGGGAUCUGAGCAGCAACAAAAACAAGUUCUACCUCCACUAUUUGCUGGCCUCCAUCAGCAACUGCAUCAUCCUCAAGAAGUCCACAGAGAGCCUGCAGCAGCAGCAGUCGUCCCGGUCGGCAGGCCAGUUCUCUCGGACUCCUCCCAACCCACUGGCAGCUCUGGACCGGGCGGUGAGACGGGCGUGUCGCCUGGUGAUGGAUCAGCUGCUGCUGGACCUUCAGCCUUUUCUACCAGGUCUGCUGACCCGACCCUGGCUGGUCCAGGGAGACCCCACACCCAAACUCUGCCACGUCCUGGAGCGUCACCUGGAGCUGUAUGGCCGCGUUCGGCCACCCUGCAGACAGCGUCUGCAGGAGGAGGCCCAGUGGCUGAUGGUGGUGGAGUACGUCAGGGCUCUGAUGCAGAAGAGGUUGGUGUGUCGCAGCGCAGAGGAGAGGAGGCAGCUCGCUCAGCAGAUGGUUCAGGAUGACCAGCUGUUCAGAGAGAUCUUGCAUGGCCUGGAGGGUGAUGGGUCAGUACCUGAGGUGAACCCUUUAGCCUUACUACCCGUCCUGGCUGACUUCAUCCGACUCAAAGACCCCAGCAUGCUCACUUUGGAAGUGUCAGGACUCGCAGCCAAAUACCCUGAUAUCAGUGAAGAGCACGUGUCUGUCCUGCUGGACGUCCGUGGUGAUGUCUCCAGGGACAUCAGAGGGGCUGUGCUGGACUUGCUGGAGCAGAGCGCCCCUCCUCUGCCAGCAGGAUAUCGGCCCAUCUUCACUGACAUCCUGGUGCCUCCAUCCACCAUGGCCUUCUGUCUGCCCACGGCCAAGUGUGCAUGACUACAAGAACUAAAACUUUGACAUUGACAACAGUGUGGAUCUCAUUCUGAGAUGGAUCAUUGAGCUAGCUCCUCUUAGCUCAUCGUUACACUAAAAAAUACAGUUCUGCCAAUCAUCAUUUAUCCAGGGAGCACCGACUCAGCUCCUUGUUUCUUCCUCAGCACCUCCUUGCUUUAUACUCACAGUGUUACACACAUCAUUCAUACAGGGAGCUUCCCAUGACCACCAUUACAGUCUGAAGCAGGUUGAGAGUUCAGGGUCUUGCUCAAGAUCUCCUUAACAUUAUUUGUUAGUGAAUCAUAUUCAUUUCCUUCGCCUACAGUUUACCAGGGAUUUGAGCAGGUCCACGCUGGUUCAGGUCCAACUUCAGUUAUUUCAGAAACUCUUUUUUUCUGAAUCUAUGAGCCACUGAUUUGGUAACAUGGGCUGUUUUAAUGCCUUAAAAAUAUUAUCAGUACAACGAUAUCAUCAUCUCAUCUUCAUCAAAUUGUUGUCAAGUGUCUCAGCGAUUUGUGCUAUGGAUUUAAAGCUGCAGGAAGCAACUUCUCAUUCAUGACAUUAGUACAGAAGCUGAGAAAAGCCAUACUCGCAAAUAUUUUUUUGUUAUCUCAAGAUAACAAAGCUCAUUAUCUCGAGGCAACGAGAUAUUAUCAGAGAAAACAAUUCUUUCAUGUCUCGAGAUAAUGAGAUAAUUACCCCGUUAACUGGAGAUAACAAAGCUUGUUUUCUCAUUAUAAUACUUUGUUAAUCAGAGCUCAGAUGUGCCAAGCCAGUAUGCACAUGGAAACUUGUAGUGCUGUAAGGUGAAAAUGUCAGGAUGACACAUUGAUCAAUGCAUUAGAGAAUAUUUCAAUCAAGGGCAGAAAAUCACUGGACUGAUCAUUUUCAGAUCAGUCCUCGUCAGCUAACAGGUUACUAUGGACUGUUGCUGAGGAGGAGUGUUACUGCGACUUAGUGUAUGAUGUUCAGUCUAAAUCAUUUUCUCCUGAUAAUAUCCCGUUAACUCGGGAUAACACAGUUCAUUAUCUCAGGAUAAAGAGCUGUUAUCUUGACAUAAUGGGAUAAAAAAAUAUCCACAAAUUUGCUGGGUUUGUGAUGCUAUCAAAUGGAUGGUGCAGCUUUAAGGUGACGUUAUGGAACUUGCUGAACAGCUGCUGCUGUGGCCACAAGGACAAAUUAUGUGAUUAAAAUAUGCUUCAUUGUUUUCUGAAGACACACAUAUGAUUGUGUAGGGGGGGUCACAGCCAAAUGCUUUCCAGUUCUGUCACCUGUUGUAGAUUGUCAUCAUUAUGAAAUAUGUACAUAUGUAAAUGCUAAAAUAUGAUUUAACAGUAGCGCAAGUAGAGAAGAGUCAAAGUUACCAAACUGACUCCGUUUACACAGCAAUAUCUACUGUAUCUCAAGUUUGCUAACAUUAGCCAUCACAAGCUACUGGUCAUACCAGACCAAGUGAGGCUGUAACAGAGACUUCGAUACAGAAAACUGGAGCUAUCUUCUGCGGGAACAGACUGUUUAGUUACACCCAGCCAUCAUGUAACACACUAUUUUGUGUUAGAGAUCUUUAAUCAGGACCUUGUGACACCUGGGACUCCUGGCCAACAGAUGAGAAACUUUUAACCAGACAGUCACACAGAGAGAAGUGUCUACUCCUGUGGCCCGCGAGAUCUGAUCAAUGAAUGUAAGUAAGUCCAAAGCCUCUGAUAACUUCCUACUGAAGAGACAAACUAUGGGAUUUUAAAUUGGCUCAUGGAUUUAUGUAUAUGAUGCACUGUCUGUUUCAUGUUGAGCCUCAGACUCAUUGUAAAUGUAUUUCAGAUAGAGAUGUUUAAAAUGAAAUCAAAAUAAAAAACAUCAUUGUGUUAAUUUCUGGUUUAAUCAAUGAAUGUCAAACUAUGGUCACAGCAUCGUGUACAAAUGGAGGAGAAUGCAGUCCACAGAGUGAUGCACUGUAGCAUGUAACAGAUGAAGGUGAUUGUAUGAGUUAUAACAUAUGGUGUGUUUUCAGUGAGGACCUGUCCUGCCUGUCUUUAUGUAUUUUCUUUUAUUUUCUUA